ACGCAUUGUCUGCCGAUUCACAAAUAGCAUAUCCCCAGUACACAUUCCUCAAAAUUAUUAAUAUGUUUGUAAGUUAGCUCAAACGCGUAAUUGGCAAUUAGUCAAUGCUUAGGAUGACGUAGGCACUUCCGGAUUGGUUCUUGUUUGUGUUAUUCCAAUGUGAAUACAGAUAACAAAGGGAUAAUUGAGGAGGCUGUAGACCUGUAGGGCGUUGUUGCUUAUAAGAAGCAGUGCAGUGCAGAUACCUUCUCUGCCUCAUCAAGCACUCCACCCAGUCUCUCAUUUGGCCCUAUCAUACCAGCUGAGCAUUCACUCUUGUCCUGCCACUUCAACUUUCAGUACGGGUACUACCAGAAGGGAUCUGAAGGUUUCCAUUAUGGGCAAUUUGUGCUGCUGUGUUCAAGUUGAUCAGUCUACCGUGGCCAUCAGAGAGCAGUUUGGGAGGUUCGAUAGUGUGCUUGAGCCAGGAUGCCACUGCCUGCCGUGGAUGAUUGGGAAGCGUAUAGUUGGCCAUCUCACUCUCAGGUUGCAGCAACUGGAUGUGCGCUGUGAAACUAAGACAAAGGACAAUGUGUUUGUAACUGUUGUUGCGUCUAUUCAGUACCGACCGCUGGCUGGCAAAGAAAGUGAUGCAUUCUACAAACUAACAAACACAAGAUCCCAGAUCCAAGCUUAUGUUUUUGAUGUGAUCAGGGCAAGUGUUCCAAAGCUCAACCUGGAUGAUGCUUUUGAGCAGAAGAACGAUAUAGCAAAAGCUGUGGAGGAUGAACUUGAAAAGGCAAUGUCAGCAUAUGGAUUUGAGAUCGUGCAGACUCUCAUCGUUGACAUUGAGCCAGAUGAGCAUGUCAAACGUGCAAUGAAUGAGAUCAAUGCAGCUGCAAGGAUGAGGGUGGCUGCAAAUGAGAAGGCUGAAGCUGAGAAGAUUGUCCAGAUCAAGCGUGCCGAGGGCGAAGCAGAAGCCAAGUACCUGUCCGGACUGGGUAUCGCCCGCCAGCGCCAGGCCAUCGUGGAUGGCCUGAGGGACAGUGUCCUGGGCUUCUCAGUCAAUGUGCCUGGCACCACCGCCAAGGACGUGAUGGACAUGGUGCUCAUCACCCAGUACUUCGACACCAUGAAGGAGAUCGGCGCGUCCUCAAAGUCCUCCGCGGUGUUCAUCCCCCACGGCCCUGGCGCGGUGCGAGACAUCGCCACGCAGAUCCGUGACGGGCUUCUUCAGGGCCAGUCUGCCGCUCAUCAGUAGUUCGCUUCGGCCAGAAUAAUAAGAACUCUUACAGCUGAUGUUAGCUAUGCCUUACUAUAUUAUGACUUGUCUGGAACCAUGUGUGGAUUUGGAUUGUGGCAUGUCCUACCUUAGGUUGAUGCGUGGAAACAGAACUUUAAACCCUUUUGGGUAUGUCUAUAUUAUAAAACGGUGGUGAUGAACUUGAUCUGACGCUUU